AUGAUCAAUUCGAAGCUCAAGUCCCUCCGCAUCCUCGGUGACGGGAUGAUGGCUGGAGGGCGACCCCAGGAUUCGCGCGCGGCAGAAGUGCCAGGCGUCUUCCAGACUCUUGCACCUGACUUGUGCUGGGGCAGCGUGUGCUAUUGGCCGGCCGUUAAUGGCGUACCCACUCGCCCAGCACCAUCAGUGGACGCAGGCAGCGUGGAAGUGAAUGUCCUGGGGCCAGGCCGCUGCUGGGCGACCGCUCUGCUAGAGCUCUUUGGUGCUAGAGGCGAAUUCAAGCAGCGGUUGGGAGCAACCCCAUAA